AUGCCGGUCAAGGAUUACGGAGUUUGGAAAGCCCUUCCGGUCCAUUAUGAGUUCGAAGAUCACUACGAGGACCCCAAAUCUCCUCAUCUCUCCUUGUACUAUCAUGAUAACGAACCAACCACUCCACAGUUCGACCGUGCCUAUCGACGCAAGCACAAGGGCAGACCCCGCGACAAGAAGAAGUCAUGGGAGAUUCCUGGACUAUUCCGCGCAGCCAUCAACAUCAAAUCGAAAGCCAAGGAGUCCAGACUUGCCUAUUUUGUGAACCACAAUCUUGCCGAGCACCCUAUUGCCGAGAAGUUGGCCAACCUCGAUUUUGGCUUCCAUUCGAUGGAAGAUGUAGAGGAACUAGACGGCAAAGGCCUGGAUUACAUUCGUGGGAUGCUUUUCCACUCUACCGAUGGUCGUGUUCUUCCCCACGACAUCCCUGGAGACGACAAUGAUAUUAUUGACGUUCUGGAACCUGAAGUCAGCAAAGCCAUUGACCAGCGAGCAACCAUCUAUCUAUUCGGCUCGAUGUUUGAUUCACGAGAUGGCAUUCACAAUGUUCAUAUGAACCAGGGAAAUAUCUCGAACUUCAGGAAGGAUGAUGGGGUGUUCCAGGACGGGGGUCUUGUCAUUCAGUACGACGAUCACUGGACAGGCGUCUUCCUUGCAUUCGCCUCACAAGCUGUCCACACCGAUGAUAAAGAUGGCCACGCAUUAGAACCAUUAGUGACAUGGGCGGACGUGCUACCCGUCGAUCGCGUGGAAAAUUCGGUAACGAUCACGGAAGCACUGGUCAACCCACGGGGCGCAGACGAUCGAGCGGCACGGACCAAGGAAUCCAUCACGCUGGGGAAUCUCACCAACCACAAUGUUUCCUUGGAAUCAUGGAGCUUCCACAACUCGGUUGGCCAGACCCAAGACCUGCCGCGAAACGCGGCCUUGGCUCCUCGGGCCAUGCGGAAGUUCGAGGUACCCAACUGCCCUCUUUCCAACACCGGUGACACCAUCACCCUACUCAAUGAAAAAGGCCUGAGGGUCGACGGUGUGAGCUAUGGGCGGCGGCAGGGGCAGCAAGAGGGCCGUCCCAUUGUAUUUGCUCAUUGAAUUUGAGGCACUCUGCAAGCUAUAUAGUUUGUUCUCCGUCGCUGGAAUUGAACUACGGUCAAGCAAACAAGGCACUGGAAGAACCAGCUCUGAAAAGGGGCAGCAUUGAUUUCACUGUCUUUCUCUGUUUGUCACUGUGUCAUCUCUCUGUACUCCGCUUGUGACUGGAUUAUAGCAGUCAAGGGGAGAAAAGUGAUUUAUUCCAGACUGUUGAAACUCGCCGUGCUUUCUGAGUCUGAUUGACUAGGUAAACCAAUGUUCUACUAUAUGCGCUCUGAGA